CCGCUGCGGACGACCAUACGACGCGAAAACGGAACGCGAGCCGAUGAUCCAAUGCCUGUCGUGCGAGGAUUGGUUUCACGAAUCCUGUUGCAUGUUGCGCACGCGCCCCGACGAUGAAACCUCGCCUGAGCCCGAACCCGAACCCGGAACUGCAGCGUCAGAGGCAGAAGUAGAGCGUGCAGGGAUUGCCGAAACUGAUGACGCGGCAUCGGAGGCCUCCUCGUCUGGCCUUCCUCCGCCCCUUAUCACCGCUUCAGAAUACGAAUCCUUCGUGUGUCGGACGUGCGUCUCGAGGAUCCCUGCCCUGAAACUGAUCGUCGGAACACUGGGGGCGAUCGCCGUGGUGCGUGACUCCCCUGAGGCGUCGUGGAGAAAGCUGGGUGUUCCAGACGACGACGCGGCCGCCGUGUCGAAUCCGGCGAAGCGGGCUGCUGGGGAGGAAGAGGGCGAAAAGGUCAUCAAACGGGCUCGAGCCGAUUCAUCUGGAGCGAGCUCCUCGACGACGACCACAGCGACAAUUUGCCGGGCACCACAGACCGAGCUGGAUGUUGACGACCCAGCUCUGUGCUCUGGCGACGUGUUUCUCACUGAUGGAUUUCGCGAGCGAUGGUGUCGCUGUGACUCGGUUCGUUCAUUCU